UUCUCUUCUUUCUUUCUUCUUUAGUUCAACAGAAUUUAAAAAAAUACCAGGCAAGGGUUUCCAACAGAACAGCUAUGAAUAAAUACAAAGUAGAAUCUGGAGUUCAACUGCUGGCAAGAUUGACUAAGAAACCAGUUGUUGAAAACUUUUACUCAGAUCUGUUUCAGCCUGGAUUAAAGUGUGAUGAUGUUGUUGAAUUAAUAAGCAAUAGUAGUCAACAACUUCUGUUAGAUUUGAUUUCUGAAGCAAUAUAUCCCAAGAAUAAUACUGAGCCAUUGGGUGCCCUUGUAUUUAAUACAGCUAGUCAUUUUAAUUGCUAUGAAUUCAUCAAUGUGUUGAAGAAAAAGAUUGUAUCAACCUCAAGGGGGAAUUGUGAAACUGAACUAGAAAAUGUACUUAAAAGAAGUCUCAAUAAUUUGUUUACACUGGACAUUUAUGAUGCAACACAGUUUUAUACAUCUAUUCACAACUUGGACAAUAUAUUAGCAGAACAUCCAAAUAUCUCACUACUCAUAUUCAAUACUUUAACAGCAUUUUAUUGGUCUGAACAAGGCUCAAAAAUAACAAAAAUGGAUUUGUAUAUAAAAAAUUUACUGAAGAUGAUACAAAAAGUGGCUAAAGAAUAUAAAGUUAUCCUAAUAUAUACUAAACCAGAACAUUUUAGUUCCAACAAAGAAACAUAUAAAAUUGGAGAUGUUCCAAUGCCAGAAGAUGUAAAUUAUAAAGUCCAAAUAUUGGAUAGUAUUAGUAACACAUACCAAGUAAAUGUUAGAACAAUUGAUUGUUAUUAUGAGAAAAACAUGUUUAUAAUAAAUAACAAAAUAAAGUGGCAGUGAUAAUAAUUCAUGUUUUUCUUUGAACCCAGGAAAUAUACAGAUAAAGAAGUUUAAGAAAAAGUUUUUAUGCUUAUACUCAA